CCGAGCCCCCCGACUCCGAGUCAUAAGUCUCCCCGCAUUGUAACCGUUCUGGCGAAGCCCUUCCAGGAGGGGGGCCCUGCGCGGCCCCUCCUCGGUCGGCGAUCCCCGCCCGCUUCAGGAGUCGCGAGCUCCGCCGCCGCCGCGAAAGCGAAGGCCGCCGCCCGAGAGAUCGAGGCGAAGUCCGAGUCCGUGCAGGACCAGCUGGCGGCCAUCGUGGCUGCGGCCAAGGCGAGGGCGGCGAAAUCCAGCGGCGAGCCCCUGGCAGCGCCCCAGCAGCCGAAGGAGCUGCCGAUGCUGCUCUCCUGACGGUUGUGGCGCCGGGGCGCCCGCGGGGCCCCCAUGGGCCUCGGGGGAGGCCCCGCCCCUCGGAGCGGGCCGCCGCGCGGGCGCGGCGCUGCGCGGCUCGGAGGUAA